AUGGCGACUGUUUCUGCUGCAGAUAAAGAAUCCAACAAACCCAAAGCACAAUUGGAUUUAGGCAUCCUAGAAGAAGAUGACGAUUUUGAAGAGUUCCCAGUCGAUGAGUGGGCUGGUAAAGCCGAAGACACAGAAGAAGUUUCACUUUGGGAGGACAACUGGGAUGACGACAUUGUUGAGGAAGAAUUUUCAUCUGUUUUGAGCCUUCAGAUUUCCAUCGAUCGCAUGCCAGAAGACGAAUCCUCAGACAAACCCGAGAACUCUGAUGAUGACCAAAAAUAUCCCUCUCCAACGUCAUCUGUUCGUGGUCCAACUUUCAGUUCUCAAUUAGUCAUAGACGAAACCAACAACAAUGGAGGUUCACCCAUCAAACAAGAAACGAUAUCGCCUCAAAGACCUAUCGAGGCUUUUGAUCCGGCAUUAACACAGUCUGACCUAUUUCUUCAACUGCCGACGGCUCCUACCUCCUUUAUCGAUUCUUCAACUCUAGCUCCAUCUACAGCAAUCAAGCUUGAGGCACCUUCAAAUACAGAGUUACCUGAGGAAGCAAGGACCGCAUCUCAAAGAGUCAGUUGGAAUGGAGAAACUUGGACUAUUGAAGCGAGUGACGAGGAAAACCCAUUUUCUGACGUCGUUUCUUCUGCUUCCACUUCGGAUACGGAACCUGACGUGUCUAAACAGGAGUCUGCGGCCAGAUCACUUAAUAAUGACCAAGAUUUUAGAAACAGCAAAGCGGUUGAUGUGGAUUCAUUCACAAUUUCCAUUUGCGGGAAAAAUGGACCAGCCGUGGUCGAAGAAAGCAAUAUUAGGUAUUUUCGGGUUCUGCUUCUGUGCUCCGUCUCCUUGCCGGUUGAAGCGUCAAUGUGGCUCCCUCAACAUCGCCUGCGCCCCUUCUAUGGACGUUCGGAGUUUGAGCUGUUUAUGCGUUCUCAGCUGGCUAACACCAAGAACAAAUUCAAGGCCAUCCGUCAUUUUGCUGUGGCUCCAAAGCACCAAGCUUUCUGGCAUGCAGCCCGGGACCAGGCAGAGGCUGCUUUGACUUCAUUCGGAAAAUCCUUGACUUCGCGCUUCCGCUUCCUUGGUGUCCAUUUACCCACUCUUCAAGCUGCCUGGAAAGCUGAGGACCGGAAACGCAAGGAGGCGCUUCGACAAAAGCAGAUUGCCGCGGGUGAGUUCAGCUCCUUAAGUCUCUUCCUACUGAAAAGCCCUUGGUAG